CUUUGGUUAUCUGAUUUCUCGCUGAAUUUUUUCACGUCGAUGGCUGUGCGGAUAUUUUAUAAUUGCCCCGAAAUAUUGAUUAAAUUCUAUUCACGUGUCAGUCGCACCACAAACUAUGAACAAUUUAAACCCUCCCAGCCCUCAUUGAAUCGUUGAGUUUUCAUGGAUAUUCUAACUAUUGUCCCAACAUCGAAACCGACAUUAAAUUUCCCCAUCAAUUUCGCAAAUAAAACUAGGUCCGAUUUUGAGGCUGCACAAAUUGACUCUAAUUUAGUUGCACUUCUCAAAGCCCAUUGACUUUACGGUACCAUUUGUAGGGACAACCCAUUUCUAGCAGUUUAAUCAUUGUUCCUUCUUCUCUUUUCCUAAGAAUUUCGAUUAUUUCUGUUGUACACAAACGCCCGUGUCGAUUUACAAUCUAUUUUUUACUGUAGUUAAUAAGCGCAAGCAACAUAAAAAACUAGUCGUAAAAAGGCAAAACAAAAUUAUCUGAAGAAAGAUCAAACAUGCUCCAAAAAUUCCUUUCAUCAUGCGAACGUUUUAAUUAUUUUCGCCGGAAUUCACUAAAACGCUUCUUAAAUCAUCCAUCUGAAAAUUACCCCGGUGGGUUGUUGCACAGUCAAUCCCUGCACGAGCGGGUUAAUUGAAUUCUAAAACGUAUCGGCAAACGCAGCAGCCUACGCCCUUAGUUCAAUUCUUCUCUUACCAAAUCUGGGGUAAAAUUUGAGCCCACUUUGUUUAUGAAGAUAGCGGAUACCAGACGAAUUUAUGACCAGUGACGGCAUGUUUAGUUAUAACCAGUCAGGAGUUAUGAUUAGAUUUAUAAGUAAUUAUUCCACAGGCCGAUUCAAUUUCCAUUAUAAUACAUAAGAGAGCAAUAUACUUUAAGUGGUACUCUUGCAGUAUUUGUAAGAUAUCUGCAAAGUCGAAUCUUCAAAUAUUUUGUGUUUCCUUACCUAUUCUCAGAACAAGGGCUGAAAAGAUUGCGUGAUUUGACGCGCCUUAUCCCCUCCCGGAAUUAAAUGGCUCCCAAAUCAAUUUUGGCCUAAUUGGAUUUCAUAAGUUAGACUCGGAGCCUUGUCACAAAAAUAAAUUUCACAAAUUAAUGCUUCACUGCUUUUAAAUAUCGCCCUCAUUACAUAUUCCAUUAUAAACAUCCUUUCUUAGUUCUGCUUUCUGGUUCAGACAGUAUUUCAAAAAUCACCCUGUUUUAGCGCAAAUUUCUUCAAAGCAGAUUUUACUUUACUCAGCCAAAAAUAUCACCCACGGCUAAAUCUAUCAGAGCUUUAGGGCGAAGUAUCGCUAGAGUGUAACUUGUUUUAAAUCCAAUUGUAGAAACCAAAAACCUACUUCAAUUUAUUUGAACAGUUUUGCGGUUGUUUUAAAGAGUCCAGCGACAACAAUGAGGAAACACAGUGCCUAACGUACCCGAGAAAUAAUGUCAAAACACAAGACGCAAUAUUGAAACCAAAUCUUAACAGCAGGACUUUCUCUGUUGUCUAAUCCCAAUUUUAUUGCCCGCAAAGUUUACCUUCAAAACUUGCCGUGAUACAGACAACUUUGUCCACGCGGUAACAUUCAAACUUAACCGGGUUUGAGCAGGUAAAUUUGCCUGGCGAAAGGGUUCCACUGAUUAUCAAUGAUUUCAAUCGAAGCGCCAAGUUUUACCCAGUUAAGAAAUUUACAAGUACCGAAAUCCAUGUGACUUAUCACGAAAUUCACAGAUUAAACUCACGAAAUGGUCUCCAUUUAUCGAAUCUUAACCCUAUUUUUUGCAUCUGAGAUUUCAAUCCAGGCAUCUGAGGUUUGCUACCCUAGAUGCAGAUGUCGCUCAGAAUCCAAUAUUGCAUGCAUAGAAAGAUCAGGUUCGCCAUUCACCCAAAUUCCAGAUUUCCUGACCAAAUUUGAUUACAGAAUCCGACAAAUUACAAUCAAAAACCAAAACAUCCAAGAACUUUCACCGACCACCAGAAACGCUCUUAACUUCGUUCCUUACAUCGAGCAGCUUUCAAUCACUAGAAGUAAUGUUACUUAUGUGGAACCGCAUGUUUUCAACGCCGGGUUCCGCCGAUUUCAGGCCCUGGAUCUAUCCAGGAAUUCUAUCAAGAAAAUUCCAAGCGCCGCUUUUUACGGAUUACAAAACGCUACUGUUAUAUCAUUAGCUAAAAAUGCGAUUACUUCUGUCGACGAAAACUUCUUCGGGACUUAUUCCUUACGACCAUGGUCGGGUAACAUGAUGAUUAAGUUAAAUGAGAACCGACUAGAGACGUUUCCAGGAGCCUUCGUAGAGCGAAUUGAAAGAUUCAUUCGUAUGAACAUGCCGACAACGACAAAAAUUACAAUCGAUUUAUCCGAGAACCCUUUACGUUGCGACUGUUCAAUAAACUGGUUCGUAUCUUCUGAGUUCGAACACGUAGAAGUGAUCGGAACAUGUAGCGACAAUACAGGUUUCCCCGAAGUCCAAGGAACGUCGCUUCAGAGAAUCAAACAAGACGCCGAACUUUUCAAAGGCUGUAAAACUGGCACGUUUUUCAACUUCAAUUUGCUAUCAAUGCAAACUCUUUUAAUAGCCAUAGGUGCUUUCACAGUUUUUGUUAUUCUCAUUAUAUGUUUGUACAAUAGGAUAUCGGAAUGCGUGUACGAGCGGAAGAUGCAAAGAUACGCCGAAUCGUCACAGAGAAUUCCGAUGUCUCGGUCGAAAAACAACAUCACCUACAAUGACAUUUCUCUAAUUUAGAGAACAUAAUAUGACAAAUAUCCAUAUCUCAAAACAAGUUAAAUUUACACUUUCAAGUGUUAGCUAAGUUGCAUUAAUUUUUGAAUAGUUUUAGACAAUACAAAUACAGUGCAAUCAUAAUUAAA